UUCGCUCGCUCGGAUGCUUCAACUGCGAUGUAUGCUUUCUUUCUGUCCGGGCGCGUCUUGGUCAAACAAAUUAUCAAUAUUUCAAUAUUUUAUUUGAACGGGCAAGGAGGACCUGACCCGCCCAUAACGCUGGACUUGGGCCACACCCUCUUCCACGCCACCUUUCCUGUGCACUGAAACGGUUUGCAUACAAUUAAGCUAUCUGUCCAAUCACUGUGUGUGCUCUCAAAGUGCAAAGUUGAAAUAUGUCGUAGACGGGAGGUACUUCCACGACAGAAUAGGGGCAAAUGUGGCUAAGAAUUGAAUGGAUGUUUGUGGUUUUCGCAUUCUCUUCAAGGAAAUGAUUUCAUUUCUCAUUCAAAGACAUUAGUAGAGGGCAAGUAACAAAAUGCAAGAUAAUUGCAUUGUAUUCCCAGAAAAGUGGACAGCGCAUGGAUAAGCUACAUUGUAACGUUCAGGGAAGUAAAUGGACAGCAUGGAAUUUCACAAGUAAGUUUUACAGAUACAUUUUUGCCUUAUUGUUUUAAUAAUUUUUUUUGCUACAAAAUGCACACUAGUUCAAGUAAGGAUAUUUGACAGAAGAUUCCGAAAGUGGUUUGGCCAAAGCAAUCUUCUCGGCGUGGAAUGCCACGCAGGCAAUAGCCUACUACUACCCAAACUUAAGAAACGAAGUUGAAUGGGGGGUUGAUAAGUAGGCUAUGACCCGCGAAUUCAUUAAUAAGAUACUGUGACAUUAUAUCUAGAUUUAGGCCAACUAAAAUGAGGGCGAUAAAGAUAAGGAAAUACUUUAGGGGUAGUGGGAGAGUACUUGCAUUUGUUUUCAUUGCAUCUAUUAUUUGGUUGCUGUUCGAUAUGGCAGCGCUUCGCCUGUCAUUAAAUGAUGUUAACAGCCAACUUUUAAAAGAAAGCGUAGUAAAGGAAAGGCAGGCUGUCAGACAGCAGGCCACGAAACGUACUAAGUUAGUGCAUAGGGGGUUUAAAAAUCCAGUACAGAGAGUAGACUUGGACCUGGACGAGACAGGUAAUAAAGAUCCACUCCAGAAUGAAAAUAAAGUCCUUGAAGUGUACAGGAAGCGAGGACCCGCUGUCAAAAAUGACCCACAGUUUAUGGACAAAGUAAACUCGCAUGAGCAACAAGGGGGGAAUGCCCAACCAAAGUUAGAACAUGCUGUCAUCUUUAAGCAUAACCAAAUCGAGCCUGCUCAUGUCACAGUACAAUUGAGUGUGCCUUUGAAUACGAAAGCACCUGUCAAAGAUCCUUUGCCCGUCAAAGAUGUGUCAAAAAAGGCAGUGGACUUGGUGCUGGAGGAUGGGAAAGUAGGACCUACGGAGAGGGAUAAGAUUGUGGCAUUCCUGCAGUCGAACUUUACCAAAGUGCCACCUGGUGUUCAGGAAGGAAAACAUGUUGAAAAGCCUGCCUCAAAAAAUACAGGAGAGAACCAAGAGGGAAAUAUAGGCCUAGUGCAAAAAGGCAAAGAAAAUAUUGUUCCCAAGACACAGAAGAAAGUCAACUCACUUGAGCCUGGCAAACAAGAAAGCUUUAUUAAAGACAAAGUUGCAGUGGACUACACAGUUAAACCUGUCAAAAAUGAUGUACUAAAAGGAGAAGAGGUGAUUGUCAACAAAGAGGACAAACAGAUCAAUGAGCUUGAUAAAGGUAACCCUGACGCCCUAAAGGAGUCCUUACCACCUACAGCAAAGCCGAAACGCCAACAAGGAGUUCCCACAAAUUCCACAGUUGUUCGAAACACAGGCGUCCACAAAGUGCUGGCAUUAGACAUGACCCAAGUGCCUAGAGAUGCCAACGCAAUUGGGCAAUUUGGGCAAGCAGCCAUGGUGCCCAGUGACAAAGAGCAGGAGGUGAGGAACCGUUGGAAUGAGGGCCAUUUCAACGUCUACCUGAGUGACCAGAUCCCUGUGGACAGAGCCAUCCCAGACACCAGACCUCAUACUUGUUCUGAGAGUGUGGUCCAUGAUUACUUGCCCACCACCAGUGUGAUCUUCUGCUUUGUGGACGAGGUGUGGUCCACUUUGCUCCGGUCUGUCCACAGUGUCCUCAACCGGUCUCCACCACACCUUCUCAAAGAGAUCAUCCUGGUGGAUGACUUUAGUUCAAAAGAAUAUCUCAAGGACCAUCUGGAUGUGUAUAUGUCCCAGUAUCCCAAAGUACGGAUCGUCCGUCUGAAGGAGAGGCAGGGCUUGAUCCGAGCUAGGCUGGCAGGAGCUGCCAUUGCCAAAGGUGACGUUUUGACCUUUCUUGACUCGCAUAUUGAAUGCAACGUGGGCUGGCUGGAACCUCUGCUGGAGAGAGUGUACAUGGACCGGAGGAAAGUGGCCUGCCCAGUCAUCGAAGUCAUCAGUGACAAGGAUAUGAGCUAUGUGUUGGUUGACAACUUCCAAAGAGGAGUGUUCAAAUGGCCCUUGGUGUUUGGGUGGAGCACGUUAUCAAAGGACACCAUCAAGAAGAAUCACAUGAAGGAUUCAGAUCCCAUCAGAUGUCCUGUCAUGGCAGGAGGCCUUUUCUCCAUCGAUAAGAAGUACUUCUAUGAACUGGGCUCUUAUGAUCCUGGCCUGGAUGUAUGGGGUGGAGAGAACAUGGAGAUCUCUUUUAAGAUUUGGAUGUGUGGAGGUGAGAUCGAGAUCAUCCCGUGUUCCCGAGUGGGCCAUAUUUUCCGAGGCGAGAACCCGUACAAGUUUCCCAAGGACAGGCAGAAGACGGUUGAGCGUAACCUGGCCAGGGUGGCAGAGGUGUGGCUGGAUGAGUACAGGGACCUGUUCUACGGCCAUGGAUACCUCCAUCUGCUGGAUAGGAGUAUCAUCGACAUUGGCAACCUCACAGACCAGAUCGAACUCAGGAAGAAGCUUGAGUGCAAGAGUUUCAAGUGGUACCUGGACAACGUGUACCCAGACAUGGUCGCUCCGCUGGUCAAAGCUGAGGGGCUGGUUUUCAAUCGUGGAGUCAGAAAAUGCCUCGCUCUGCAGGAUGGCUCCCUUGCAUUUGAGAUAUGUGAUCUCAGCAAGCUGAGUCAACACUUCAAUUACACUUGGAUGAGGCACGUUCGCCAGAAGGAUGUCUGUGUCACUGCUCAUGGCAAAGGGACCAGUCUGGCUCUGCAGCCGUGUGACAACACCAAGCCACAGCUACGCUGGCUCCACAAGGCCACCAACUCGGCUCUGGUGGAGCACCUCAUAGCGGAGCAUAGUCCCCGGCGUACGUGCCUGGAGGCUGGGGCGCUGGAUGACAGCAUACAGCUGAAGGAGUGCGAGUCUACCAGUCCCUACCAGAAGUGGCAGUUCACACACUACCACACUGUGUGAUGGGAGUACAGGACUACAGCACUGUUCCUGCAUUAGAGAUUGACACUAAAGUACUUGACUGUACUGUAUGCAUUUGGAUGUGUUCAGUGUAUUUCUGCAAUGGGAUAUGCAUGGUGCUGCUGGUAUGUUGGUGUGAGGGUGGUGUUGGGAUGUGCAAUGCUCUUUUUUUUUUUACUUCUCCUUUUUAUCAUGAUGAAGCUUCACUUGGAAUUUUGAAUUUUUGCAUGGCUGAUGCCCCGGAAUGAUUUGAAAGGACAGCUGUUACAGUGUAAUUACAGUUUUGUAUUUGAUGGCAUAGUUUACUGGUGUAGGCUAUACAAAUAAAUAAUAGUUGCAUACUCGUAUACAGUGGCUUGAGGAAGUAUUCACCCCCCUUGGCAUUUUUCCUAUUUUGUUGCCUUACAACCUGGAAUUCAAAUGUAUCAUUUGAUUUACACAACAUGCCUACAACUUUGAAGAUGAAAAAUAUUUUUUCUUGGGAAACAGAAAUAAGACAAAAAAACAGAACUUGAGUGUGCAUAACUAUUCACCCCCCCAAAGUCAAUACUUUGUAGAGCCACCUUUUGCAGCAAUUACAGGUGCAAGUCUCUGGGGGUAUGUCUCUAUAAACUUGGCACAUCUAGCAACUGGGAAUUUUGCCCAUUCUUCAAGGCAAAACGGCUCCAGCUCCUUCAAGUUGGAUGGGUUCCGCUGGUGUACAGCAAUCUUUAAGUCAUACCACAGAUUCUCAAUUGGAUUGAGGUCUGGGCUUUGACUAGGCCAUUCCAAGACAUUUAAAUAUCUCCCUUUAAACCACUCAAGUGUUGCUUUAGCAGUAUGCUUAGGGUCAUUGUCCUGCUGGAAGUUGAACCUCCCUCCCAGUUUCAACUCUCUGGAAGACUGAAACAGGUUUACCUCAAUUUCCCUUUAUUUAGCGCCAUCCAUCAUUCCUUCUAUUCUGACCAGUUUCCCAGUCCCUGCCGAUGGAAAAACAUAACCAUAGCAUGAUGCUGCCACCACCAUAGGGAUGGUGUUCUCGGGGUGAUGCGGUGUUGGGUUUGCCCCAGACAUAGCGUUUUCCUUGAUGGCCAAAAAGCUCUAUUUUAGUCUCAUCUGACCAGAGUACCUUCUUCCAUAUGUUUGGGGAGUCUCCCACAUGCCUUUUGGUGAACACCAAACGUGUUUGCUUAUUUUUUUCUUUAAGCAAUGGCUUUUUUCAGGCCACUCUUCCGUAAAGCCCAGCUCUGUGGAGUGUACGGCUUAGUGGUCCUAUGGACAGAUACUCCAAUCUCCGCUUUGCAGCUCCUCCAGGGUUAUCUUUGGUCUCUUUGUUGCCUCUCUGAUAAAUGCCCUCCUUGCCUGGUCCAUGAGUUUUGGUGGGCGGCCCUCUCUUGGCAGGUUUGUUGUGGUGCCGUAUUCUUUCCGUUCUUUAAUAAUGGAUUUGACGGUGCUCAGUGGGAUGUUCGAAGUUUCAGAUAUUUUUUUAUAACCCAACCCUGACUUCUCCACAACUUUGCCCCUGACCUGUUUGGAGACCUCCUUGGUCUUCAUGGUGCCCCUUGCUUAGUGGUGUUGCAGACUCUGGGGCCUUUCAGAACAGGUGUGUGUGUGUAUAUACACUGAGAUCAUGUGACACUUAGAUUGCACACAGGUGAACUUAAAAAAAUAUAUUAAAAAAAUAUGUGACUUCUGAAGGUAAUUGGUUGCACCAGAUCUUAUUUAGGGGCUUCAUAGCAAAGGGGGUGAAUACAUAUGCACGCACCACUUUUUCAUUUCACUUCACCAAUUUGGAAUGUUUUGUGUGUCAGUUACAUGAAAUACAUUUAAAAAUACAUUUAAAUUACAGGUUGUAAUGCAACAAAAUUGGAAAAAUGCCAAGGAGGGGUGAAUACUUUUACAAGGCACUGUGUGUACGUAUGUAUGUGUAUAUAAGCUCUGUGGUUUACACAAAUUACUGUGAGCUUGUGUAUAGAGGGUGUGACUCUUUAGCUUUAUAGCCUACAGUUUACUUGCCGUUAGUCAACACCUCUACUAACUUUUGUGUGUGUGCCAGCUCAUGCUUUUCACUAGUGUACUGUUGUUUUCACUUUGAGGUCUUUGGUUUUACAUGCAUGUUCACCAGCUUUGCAAAAAAUGAAUUCUCAUGCCUUGGCAAAUUAAUCACGAAUGUGCCUUGAUUAUUUACAUGAGGACUUGUACCAAGUAUUUGUUUCCUGCAGAUGUCCUAUAUACAGUUGAAGUUGGAAAUUUCAGGAAUUGUAUUUCACAAUUCCUGACAUUUAAUCCUAGUGAAAAUUCCCUGUCUUAGGUCAGUUAGAAUCACCACUUAAUUUUAAGAAUGUGAAAUGUCAGAAUAAUAGAGAAUUAUUUAUUUCAGCUUUUAUUUCCUUCAUCACAUUCCCAGUGGGUCAGAAGUUUACAUACACUCAAUUAGUAUUUGCUAGCAUUGCCUUUAAAUUGUUUAACUUGGGUCAAAUGUUUCAGGUAGCCUUCCACAACCUUCCCACAAUAAGUUGGGUGAAUUUUGGCCCAUUCCUCCUGACAGAGCUGGUGUAACUGAGUCAGGUUUGUAGGCCUCUUUGCUCACACACGCUUUUUCAGUUCUGCCCACACAUUUUCAAUAGGAUUGAGGUCAGGGCUUUGAUGGCCACUCCAAUACCUUGACUUUGUUGUCCUUAAACCAUUUUGCCACAACUUUGGAAGUAUGCUUGGGGUCAUUGUCCAUUUGGAAGACCCAUUUGCGACCAAGCAUUUAACUUCCUGACUGAUGUCUUGAGAUGUUGCUUCAAUAUUUCCAUAUGAAUUUUCCUUCCCGGUGAUGCCCUCUAUUUUGUGAAGUGCACCAGUCCCUCCUGCAGCAAAGCACCCCACAACAUGAUGCUGUCACCCCCGUGCUUCCCGGUUGGGAGGAUGUUCUUCGGCUUGCAAGCUUCCCCCUUUUUCCUCCAAACAUAACAAUGGUCAUUAUGGCCAAACAGUUCUAUUUUUGUUUCAUCAGACCAGAGGACAUUUCUCCAACAAGUACGAUCUUUGUCCCCAUGACCAGUUGUAAACCAUAGUCUGGCUUUUUUUUAUGGCGGUUUUGGAGCAGUGGCUUCUUCCUUGCUGAGCGGCGUUUCAGUUUAUGUCGAUAUAGGACUCGUUUUACUGUGGAUAUAGAUACUUUUGUGCCUGUUUCCUCCAGCAUCUUCACAAGGUCCUUUGCUGGUGUUCUGAGAUUGAUUUGCACGUACCAAAGUACGUUCAUCUCUAGGAGACAGAACGCGUCUCCUACCUGAGCGGUAUGACGGCUGCAUGGUCCCAUGAUGUUUAUACUUGCGUACUAUUGUUUGUACAGAUGAACGUGGUACCUUCAGGCGUUUGGAAAUUGCUCCCAAGUGUGAACCAGACUUGUGGAGGUCUUGGCUGAUUUUAUCUUGUUUUCCCCAUGGUGUCAAGCAAAAGAGGCACUGAGUUUGAAGGUAGGCCUUGACUCAAAUGAUGUCAAUUAGCCUAUCAGAAGCUUCUAAAGCCAUGACAUCAUUUUCAGGAAUUUUCCAAGUUGUUUAAAGGCAAAGUCAACUUAGUGUAUGUAAACUUCUGACCCACUGGAAUUGUGAUACAGUGAAUUAAUCUGUCUAAACAAUGGUUGGAAAAAUGACUUGUGUCAUGCACGAAGUAGAUGUGCUAACCGACUUGCCAAAACUAUUGUUUGUUAACAAGAAAUUUGUGGAGUGGUUGAAAAAUGACUUUUAAUGAUUCCAACCUAAGUGUAUGUAAACUUCCGACUUCAACUGUAUUUUAGCACUCUAUUUGACCGCACAAUUGCCCAUAACUCUUACUGUUUCAGUGCCAGAUGGCUGGAUAUUUUAUGCCACUUUGAUUUAAUGUAAAUAGAUCUGUUCUGUCCUUGUACCAUUUUUACUGUUUGAAAUAUCAUUUGAUGUACAAAUUUAAAUGCAUGCAGUGUGCAUGAGUCUAUGUAGGCAUUACAUAUCACAGAUCGCUUUGCUAAAGACAUCUGACAUUUCUUUAUUGAGAUAAAAUAGAAUUGCGUUAUGAGUCAGCUCCGGGUUGAAGUUUUCCCUAGGUACAGAUCUAUGAUCAGCUUCCCCUCCCCAAUUCUAACCUCAAUGAUUUAGUGGGGCACAUUUCAAACUGACCCAAGAUCAGUGUCCAGGGGCAACUUCACCCUACACUUUAUGGCUCGCCUGGUAUAAUAAGAGCUGCUUGUUUUUUUACUAUGGUUAUAAGUUUAGUGCAUACUGUAUGUACAUUUAUUUAACAAUAGAGGGUACUGUUGAUACCAAAGAUGAA